CCUGGUAUGAGUCAUCAUCUUCUUCUAUAUUGGCUAUCUAAUUUCUAGUAAUACAAAACACAGCUAGUUAUUAGUUUGUUAUCUCUCAGCUAGCAUUAUAAUUCAUCAUCAUGGGUUAUUAGUUUGUUCCUAUAAAUACCAAACACAUCUCCACUCAUAAAUCACACAGCUACUCAAGCAUUUUCUAAGUUAGUUAUUAGUUUGUUAUCUCUCAGCUAGCAUUAUAAUUCAUCAUCAUGGGUGUUUUUAAAUUUGAGGAUGAAAAAACUUCUGUUGUAGCACCUGCUAUACUUUACAAGGCUCUUGUUAUUGAUGUUGACACUCUUACUCCAAAGGUUAUUGAUGAUAUCAAAAAUAUUGAAAUUCUUGAAGGAGACGGCGGUGCUGGAACCAUCAAAAAGGUCACUUUCGUUGAAGAUGGUGAAACCAAACAUGUGUUGCACAAAGUGGAGUUUUUAGUAGAUGUUACUAACUGGGCUUACAACUACAGCAUAGUUGGUGGUGUUGGACUUCCAGACACAGUUGAGAAGAUCUCAUUUGAGGCUAAAUUGUCUGAAGGACCAAAUGGAGGAUCUGUUGGAAAGCUAAGUGUGACAUACUUCACAAAAGGUGAUGCUGCUCCUAGUGAGGAGGAACUCAAGAAAGACAAAGCUAAGGGUGAUGGUCUUUUCAAGGCUCUUGAGGGUUACGUUUUGGCUAAUCCUGAUUACAACUAAAUUAUAUAAUCAUCAAAUGAAAUGUUUGUUUGUUUUCUAUAUGGUGUGUUGUGAAACAUUAUACUAUAUAUAUCCAGUGUGUUUAAUUUGGCUCCCUAUGUAAUUUUCUCUACUUUUUUAAUCCCUUUCCUUUUGUUGCGGAAGUGAAA